UGUUGGAGCAGUUUGGUUACAGCAUUGGAAAAAAAAUUGGGAUAGGUUCAUAUUCGACAGUGCGGGUAAGUUCAUUAAGAUAUUGAAAAAAAAACUGCAUAGAUUUUUUUUCAUUCAGGUUGCUUAUUCGAAUAAGCAGAAGAAGCUUGUUGCAUUGAAAAUAAUUUGGAAAGACAAGGCUUCGAUGUUAUUCCAAAAAAAAUUUCUACCUCGUGAAAUAAAUAUCGUGAAAACAUUGCGACAUCCGAAUAUAGUUCAAUAUUUUCAAUGUAUUGAAACGAAUCGAAGAUUUAUCAUUGCAAUGGAGUAUGCACAGACUGGGAGUUUGCUGGAUUUGAUGGCAAUGAAACAUGUUCUAAGUGAAACAGAAGCGCGUGUAUUCUUCCGUCAGCUUAUUGGCGCGCUGCAAUUUUGUCACUCAAAAUUCAUUGCACAUCGUGAUUUGAAGCUUGAAAACCUUUUAUUGUUCUGGGAAAAUUGUUUGAAAAUAGGGGAUUUUGGAUUUGCACGACACUUCGAUGUAGACGAUGGAUCGACAACGUUUAGCUCAACCUUUUGUGGAAGUAACGCUUACAUUAGUCCCGAAAUACUCCAUCAGCGUUCAUACAAUCCACUAUCUGCUGAUAUUUGGGCAUGUGGCGUUAUCUUAUUUGCUAUGGUUUUUGGCAAGCUGCCCUUUGAUGACUCCGGAUCCAUUCAACAUUUGACACAGAAUUAUUUUUUACAGCUAGUUGAUAAAGGACUUGUUUUUCCUAUCGACAAAAAAAUUUCAGUAGAAUGCAAAAAUUUGAUCACAAAUGUCAUGACACCCGAAUCGAUGCGCCCAAAAAUUCGAUCUAUUCUAAAUGACCCGUGGAUUUCUUCAAAUCUUGAAAAAUAAAUAAAAGCAGGUAGCACAGAACAACAAACAGAUUUUUUUCAUGUGGAACCUACAAUUUCGGAGAAAUAAAAUGUAUAGAAAUAAUGAUAUUUAUCCGUGAUUUUUACACAAACUUUAAAAUAAGUAGCAACAUUAACUGUGAUAUAGCCAUCCAUUGAGUUGGUGAUUAACUUUUGACCUGCCAUUAAUUUAUAAUGGAAACUACCGUUUAUGUUAAUGUAUUUGCAAGUAUUGUAAUUUUUUUUUUCUUAUGUCUUUCGGUCUCUACUAAAUUACAAAUUCAUAACUACCAACAGGGACUUGUUAGAUUAGACGUAAAAUUUUUCUUCAAUGUUUCACCUCUUGAUAAAUUGAAUGAUGACUUUUGCAGUCAUUACGGCCGUCACUACAGUGUUAACGCUUCAGUUAGUCUUUCAUUUUUUACACGUUUAAGUUAGGCUAUAUUGGACCGUUUACAUUUCGGCUACCUAUGCAUUUCCAUGUAUUGGUUAGGUUAUCUUGUGUCAAUGCUUUUUAGACCAAGUUGUUAUACCAAUAGAAAAAGACUAUUACUUACAACUACUUAUUGUAUAAAAUUACCAUAUAUUGUACAAACACAAAAAGAUCAGGUUUUUCACGACUCUUGGAGUCGUUUUCCUGCAAACCAAAAUAUUCAGCCAGUUUUUGGCGGUGUUAAAUAAAUAAAUAAAUAAAUAAACCUAUUUUAAAAA